GCCUGAUAGGGAUUUAAUUCUAGAUCAGUGCAAAGGGAUUGUGCGGGUGAGCUGCAUUCAUUAUGAUUCGUGGGGGAAACGGAUGUUGAUUGCAUUUUUUUUAUUAUUAUUUUUUGGAGAAGCUGUUCACAUUUCCUGGAAGGUCUGCAGGUCCAGACUGGUCACCAGCCCGCCAGCUCUGCACACACACACACACACACUGCUCCCAGUUUGUCAACCUGCUGACUCGCAUCUCCUGCUGAUCGUCGCGUCACGGUGAUAACUUCACUUGGAAGCAAGUUCGGAUGUGGCAAGCAAAUUGCAGACGGAUGCAUAAUUUAGCAGACUGGAUUUCCGGGACAGUGAUGGGAGGCUGUGUGGGGAGGAGUAGGAUGGAUGGACAAGGGAGUGCCCGAAGCUCGACAAGGAUCAAAAAACGUGGAGGACGCAAUGAGCCCCUGAAGAAGGAGCGUCCAAAGUGGAAGAGCGAGUACCCGAUGACGGAGGGCCAGUUGAGGAGUAAGAGGGAUGAGUUUUGGGACACAGCUCCUGCCUUUGAUGGACGGAAAGAGAUCUGGGACGCACUCAGAGCAGCAGCCCUGGCUGCGGAGUGCAAUGACCUGGAGCUAGCGCAGGCUAUAGUGGAUGGAGCCUGCAUCACCCUGCCACACGGCUCCCUCACAGAGAGUUAUGAUGAACUGGGCAACCGCUACCAGCUCCCAGCUUACACUUUAGCCCCACCUGUCAACCUCAUCUCUGAAACGUCCACUGAGAGCAAAGUCUCUGACUCCACACAAAAACAAGCUCAACCUCCUCCAUGCAGACAAGAGUUCCAGCUGAGGGUACGAUUGUCAACAGGAAAGGAUGUGCGUCUGACAGCCAGCAUGGCGGACUCCAUCGCCGAGCUAAAGAAACAAUUGGAAGAACAGGAGGAAAUUGAUGUGACUCGCCAGAGGUGGUUCUUUUCCGGGAAGCUCCUGACUGACAAGACUCGUCUUCAAGACGCCAAGAUCCAGAAGGACUUUGUCGUCCAAGUGAUUGUUAAUACGAACCCUACGGUCAUAGCUAACUGAGGGGUGAGACAGGCGGCUAUGAAGAGAAGAAAAUUUAAAGGACGUGCCAGAGGGGGGGGGGCAGGAAUAGGAGUAGGGCUUGAAAUUAUUUCCAGUUGGCAAUGCAGUGGAAUUUUGUGUACAUUUUUAUAUAAGAAAUUAUUGCUUUUAUAUUGCUCCUUUUUGUAUUUUUUUCCUUUUUCCAAAUGAAGUUAAAAAUAUUGAAAAGCACUGAAACACUUUAGAUUAGAAGUAGAGUCCAUAAUGCACAUCCCAGUGUCUGUCUGUCUGUCUGUCUGACUGUCUGUGUGGACAUAAACUCACAGCUCUAUUGUUUACACAGGUCCCCCUCCUCAUCAUGUGUGUUUGUACUUGUGCUUAAACUCAAUAUGGAUCACUUGGGGGUCCAACUAAGGAAAAUCCAUUCCCUCUUUUUUUUUCUUUUUUUUUUUUCUUUGUUAAAGAUUUCUAUCAUGCGAUUUGAGAAGUAGGGUGAGGAUGGCAGAGACCUAUAGAGAAAAAGAAAACUGUAAAUAUCAGUUUCCAUAUGUGUUGUUUGGUCAUGUUACUGUGCACAUUUUCAAUUCACAAUUGUAAAUUCGUAAUAAAGACACGGAAUGUAACGAAGGUACCUUUCUAAAAGGUAAUAAUAAGAGAUGAUCAGGUUUGUUUUUUAUUUCAUCACUCCAAAUGAGAUACUGUAGUCUUAUGUACAUAUGAUGCUCACUGUACUUGAAUAACUUAUCAAUAAAUAUUGUACAU